GUCCCUCCUCCCCUUUCAGCUUUCCCACUUUAUCAUCAAAGAAGCUCAACACACGAAUUGCACAAUCACCCAGUAGAUAGACAGAAAAAAGGAGGCUUGGAUUGGAUCAAAACUUCUGAUCUUGAAAGUUGAAUUUGGUCAAGAGAAAAAAAAAGUUUGAGAAUUUGACUGAUGGACAAAUCAACGGCUCAAAAAGUGUGUUAUAUAUAAGGAGGUUGCCUGAAAUCUUGGACUGAAUUGAUCAAUUGAUUACUUUAUUGUCACCGAGACCCCUAUUUUGGAUGUCAAUAGAUAAAGGUCUGCGUUGGAUUGAGCUAAAGUAACUGCCAUUAUGGGUGUCUCAGGGAGAUGGAUUAGAGCUUUGGUUGGUUUAAAGAAAUCGGAAAAAUCGCCGUCUUCUGAAAAGGAUGAAAAUAGAGCUACUAGCAAGUCGCGCCACCGGAGAAAACAUUCUGCUGAAUUUGAAUGUGAUAAACUUCAGUAUGAUAUUGAUCCAAAUGAUACUUCAACAUCUAGAGAUACUAGUACUCCUCAUUUAAACCAAGAAUCAGCUGAUUCUCCUUCUAGUUCACUUCAAGUACACGAGGCAGUACAGAGUCAGCAGAGUGAUAGGGAAGAAUGGGCUGCAAUACGUAUUCAAACAGCCUUUCGCGGCUUUCUGGCGAGAAGAGCCCUACGAGCUCUCAAAGGGUUGGUAAGACUUCAAGCCCUUGUUAGAGGUCAUGCAGUGAGAAAACAAGCUGCCAUAACUCUUCGCUGUAUGCAAGCUUUAGUAAGAGUCCAAGCUCGUGUGCGAGCGAGGCGUGUUCGUAUGGCAUUGGAAAAUCAGGCGGCAGAACAGACACUUCAGCAACAACUUGCAAAUGAGGCACGUGUCCGCGAAGUAGAAGAAGGUUGGUGUGACAGCGUAGGAUCUGUUAAAGAAAUUCAGGCCAAGUUGUUAAAGAGACAGGAGGCAGCAGCAAAGCGUGAAAGAGCUAUGGCAUAUGCUUUAGCUCAUCAGUGGCAAGCAGGAUCCAGGCAACAGGCUGCUCCUCCAGGAUUUGAACCAGAUAAGAGCAGCUGGGGUUGGAACUGGUUGGAAAGAUGGAUGGCCGUCCGCCCUUGGGAGAAUCGCUUUUUAGACAUUAAUCUUAAAGAUGGAUUUAAGGUGCGAGAUAAUGGGUCAGCUGAGAGUAAAAAUGUCACAAAACCCCAGUUAAAAUCUGUUGGGAAGAAACCGAUUACAUCAAAUGUUCAGUCAAAAUUUUCAAGCCAGAAAACUGGUCCUUCUUAUUCCGAUUGCGGCAGUUCUUCACCUAGCAAGUCAGUACUAGAGGCAUCCAGCACACAACUUUCUAAGGCAAAGUCGAAGCCAUAUGUGGAAGAUCAAACUCAAGAAGGCAACUCAAAACCUUCUGUUACUUCAAGAUCUCAUAGCAAUCCAAAAGAGAGAUCCACGCAAACUGAUAAACAGGCAAAGAAGCGGUUGUCUCUACCCAAUAGCGGAGUAGGUUCUGGUGUUCAAGCAGCCAGACAAGUCUAUAGAAGUGCUGCUAAAGGCACACCCAAUUCCCAGAAGCCCGUUAAGGAAAGAUCUAAACCUAAUGGAAGAGAGGAUUCAAAUCCCGCAAAGUCUAUCUUGGACGCGAAGGACCCGUAGCGCUUUAAAAAUCGCUGGUAAAGUAAUUUUCUUAGGCUAUUCUUCAUUGAGCUCUGCUGUUUGAGGCUGUACAUAUUGAGCCAAUCGGUGAAUGGAAUUCAACCACAUUGCAUUUAUUAGUGUACAAACAUAUGAAGUGGUUAAGCCGGGUGUCCAGGGGAUUAUGCUUGCAACCGGGAACGAGAAUAGCCGGAUUAGUGUGUGAUAAUUUGUCCUAUUUGUUGUUGUGAAUUAUACGUGAUUAUGCUGUUUCUUUUUUUUAUAAAUGUACAAAUUCCAGAGCUGUUGACCUUCAUAUUAUUUUCAUUGUUUUGUCCUCCUUUUCUUGUAAUUUUUGUGUAUGGUGGUACUCUUGAUCCGUUACAUAGAAAGGAUUAGGAUUGGGGUUAAAGCCAUGAUAUGAGAUCUACGAUUGCAGCUGCAGGUGUUGAGUGAACUCAAAUUUAUGUAAACGUUUUCAUGCAUUUCUUGGACAUGAAGAAAUUAUUAUCAUCAGUAGUAUUUCCUUAUAAAUAUACUAUAAGAUGCGCCCCAAAUGGUGACUACGCAUAG